AUGAACAGUGAACAAAAUAAGAGAAUGAACAACACGGAACAAAGAACGGGUAACGUUGCCGCGUAUUUUCACAAUAUUAUAAAGAAUUUAAUACAAACAAAUGACGGCACCAGAAGCUUCUUCUUAAGAACUACAGACUGUCACGACCAAGCGGCUCCUUUCGAUGAUUCACAAUAUACAACAAUUUCAAUAACACAUUCAGAUCAUGAUAUAUCACAAAUUACUGACGGAUUUUUAACAUUCAAGAUUAGACAAAAAGGAUACUUCGUAGGUUUGAAUACAGCAUUUUCAACAAACGACCCACACCAUUUAUUUAAAUCAUUCAUAGGCUUAAAAUCUUCUUCACACAUAUUGGACCAGUUAUUUAUAAAUAACCGUAACAAAUCGACAGGAUACACACAAAACGAGAUGGUAAGAGAAGGCUUCGCAUAUUCAACACUAAAACCACACAAUGAAAAGAAGACAAAGAAAUAUACACACUCAUUAUAUGAGAACGUUGAAAAUUAUUCAGAGUCAGCCGCUGGUGUUUUCGUUAAUCUUGCAGAUUAUGCAGACGGUAAAGAACAUAUAGAAGAAUAUGAAAUAAAUAUUCCGUUCGAUGACAUUUUAGCCCUUCAAGCGUUUGACAUGUUCCCUAAUUUCUGCGUUGGUGAUAUUGAAUUGAAAUUUUACAUAAAGAAGAAAGGCUUUGUAUAUGCUCUAUUGAAUCCAGAAAAGGUCAGAGAUUAUAAAGCAAUUAGAGAGGGCGAAGAUUUGAACGCCACAUUUUCAUCAACUACAGGCGCUGGUUUUACUCAUGCAUUUUCACAAGUUAAUAACCCAUCAUAUGGUUUCACAAAUGUAACCAAAAGAACUGAAACAAUCGGUGGUCAGAGUAUUGACAUUUACACUCCAGAAAGCGGAGAAAUCAGAUAUAUCAUGACUGGCUUAAGUGUUCAAUCAUUAAAGUCUAACAUGUAUGGUUUCAAGAUUAGCGAAAAGUCAAAACAAUCAAUAUAUAAUUUAUUUAAACAACCUGUUUAUAUUCCAUCACAAGAAUUAAACUAUAACGCUUUUCCAUUAGCAGCAACUCAGGCAGGUAUUCAAUCAACAUUAAACAUUCCACUGGAUAACGUAACGUGUUUUAGUGUAAUGUUCCCCAAACAUGAUAACGAUUAUACAGUAUUUGAAAACCCAAUUUAUGAUAACUGUCAGCUAACCGUUAAUGGUCAAAACAUACCAGACCAAGUGGUAAGCACUCAGGGCGCUAGAUUCCUUCAAUAUCAAUUAAUCGCUGGUGAUUUAUCAAAUGGGUUGAGAUGCACCAAAGAAUUCGAGGACUCCAUAACGAUGAAAAAGAACGCAAGCGAUGGCACAAGAUACAAAAACCCUCUCAGUGAUGGAACCAGUUUUAUGUUUAACGUUCAGGUGGAAAGAAACAACGCCGGUUAUACAUUCGAUGGUUUAGAUAGUAACGGUCAAAACGUCGCGAUCCAAUUCAGAGGGCAGCCAUUAUUUACAGGUGAAGGAAAGGAUACCUAUUAUUUCGUAGAUGCAAAUAAUAAAGAAAUUCAUCCACCGCCUCCACAGUUAUGGGUAUGUCGUGACACAUAUUUUAUUGCUUCAGUUGAUGAAGGGCUUAAAUAUGUUUCAUCAGGCUCUCCACCAGGUUCUCAGGAUAAUUAA